AUGACGAACAAGGAUGAACAAGUGGAACUAGCGAAAUUAGCUGAACACGCUGAACGAUAUGCUGAUAUGGUAGCUGCCAUGAAAAGUGUUGUUGAAUCGAAUAGCGAACUGACGAAUGAAGAACGUAAUUUGCUCUCGAUUGCCUACAAGAAUGUGAUCGGUGCUCAUCGAUCACCUUGGCGAACUAUGUCAACCAUUGAACAGAAAGCCGAAGGCUCCGAACGUAAGCGACAAAUGGCCAAAGAAUAUCGCGAAAAGAUUGAAAACGAAUUGAAAGACACUUGUCAAGAACUUUUGACCUUGCUGGAUAAAUAUCUCAUUCCGAAAGCGACAACAGCCGAAUCGAGGGUAUUCUAUUUGAAAAUGAAAGGUGACUAUUAUCGAUAUUUGGCUGAAGUAGCCACAGGCAGCAAACGACAAAAAAUGGCUGAAGAAUCGCAACGUGCCUACAAUGACGGAUUGGAUGCAGCCAAGAAUCAAAUGCCAGCGACGCAUCCGAUCCGACUUGGUCUGGUUCUAAAUUUCUCUGUCUUUCAUUACGAAAUUCUCAAUGAAUCGGAUGUAGCUUGUCGUUUGGCCAAACAAGCCUUUGACGAUGCUUUGGCCGAACUAGAUUCCGUCGGUGAAGAUUCUUACAGAGGUAAGAGGAAAGAUCAUCGAUCGAUAAGUAACGGUAAAGUCAAUUUUUUUAUCAUCCACUUUCAGACAGCACUCUUAUUAUGCAGUUGCUCCGAGACAAUCUUACUGUGAGUAUUCAUAUAUCGGGAUGUUCUUUAUGCAAAAACUCAUCUUUGUUUGAAUUUUUUAGCUGUGGACUAGUGAUGAAUCUAAUAUCGACAAUGUAAAUCAACAUGAAGAACAGCAGUAACUAGGUGCUUCAGUUUGUUUCUUUCUCUUCUUAUUUUUUUUUGUUUAUAUUAAUACACAUCGGUGACCAUUCAAUCCGAGAAUACAAACAUAUUUUCUCUAUCUGUCAUUUCAUUCUAAUUAUGAUUACUCUUUUAUACUUCUUUUUCUCUUACUGUUCAGUUUUUUAUUUUUGUUCAUUGAUGGCAAUUCUCUCUCCUGCCGUAACAAAAAGACGAAAAUAAAGAACUUUAAAAAAAAAGUGCCAAAAGGCGCAUUAUCUACACAAACUGAAUUUCUAGUUGGUUGUGGAUGUGGGUGGGUGUGUGUGUGUGAAAAAAGACUUGAUCUUCAGCCAGCGUCACCCAUACCCACAUCCUUUUGAAAUUGAUAACUCUUUGUUUUAUCCAAGUGUAAUAGGAGUGUUUAAAUAACUUGAAAAUGAAUUUUUCAAAUUGAUAUAUACACUAUAAAAACAAAUUUCGAUGAUCGAACUAAUAAUCUAUUUGAUAUGGUAGACGUAAUAAGUCGGGUGUGGAUGUGGAUGUGGGUGGGUAUGGGUGUGUGUGGGUGUGGGUGUGUGGGUGUGGGUGUGUGGGUGUGGGUGUGUGGGUGUGGGUGUGUGGGUGUGGGUGUAUGGGGGUGGGUGUGGGUGGGUGGGUGUGGGUGUGGGUGGGGGUGGGG